AUGAACGUAACGAAUAAAUAUCAACAUGCGCAAGUUCAAGGGCAACCUCAAACCAACUUGCAAGCCCAACAAAUCCUUCUCCAACAACUUCACCAAGGGCAGAACCAACAACAACAACAGCAACAGCCUCCUCCUCCACAACAGCAACAACAGCAACAACCAACAGCCGGUGGAUUAGGUGCUGGUUUUCAACAACCCGAAUCAUUUAAUGAAAACUUGAAUCAAAAUAUGUAUCAAGGAAACUAUGGAAGAACACAACUAUCUCAACAAUUACAACAGCAAUUCUUCCCACAGUUCCAGCAAAACCAACAGCAGAGCCAGACGAACACUCUGCAAUUGCAACAAGCAUAUCAACCUCAGCAGCAAUUGCAACAACAAUACCAGGCAUCACAACAACAACAGCAAGUGCCACGUCAACCUCCUCAUCUUCAACAACAAUUCUACAAUCAACAGCAAGCUGCAGCACUCCAAGCUCAACAGCAACAACAGCAAUUAGCCCAACUUCAACAACAACAACAACAGCAGCAACAGCAACAACAACAACAAGUUCAACAACAGCAACAAGGUACUCCUCUUCAAAAAAUGGCUACGCUUUCUGUCGACAAUCCAAAUUCUAUGUUUUGGCAACAUCAACAACAGUUAUGCCAAUUAUCCAGAAGCUCAAAUAUUCCUCAUUACUAUGCAAGGCAAUAUGCGUCCAACUCCAGAAAGAAUAAAAAUCCUUAUAGUGAAGUAAAAUCUGUAGGGUUGAUCGAAGCUACCAGAGCCAUUGUAACAGCAUUGGAAGAACAAGAAAAAGCAAAGAAAGGGAUUGAUAGACAAGGAACCAGCACACCAACUCCUAGUUCUGCGUUAAUGCAUAAUAAAAAGCCGUCACAAGACCUUGAUGAUGAUUCUAUGGAGGAACAAAGAAUGAGACUUAAAACUCAAGGGAGACAACUAUGGUGUCAAUUGGAUUUAAGUGGUCAAGGGUUAGUAAAUUUAUCACCAAAGUUAUUCCAUUAUGAUUUCUUGGAAUCUUUAUAUUUGAAUAAUAACAAGUUGACUAGUAUUCCUACUGCCAUAUCCAGGUUAAGAUCUUUGAGGACUUUGGAUUUAUCACAUAAUAGACUUAAUGAACUUCCAUCGGAGCUUGGAUUGUGCUUCAAUUUGAGAUAUCUUUAUUUAUUUGACAACAAUAUCAAGACCUUACCAAAUUCCUUUGGGAAUCUUAUUGAACUAUUAUUUUUGGGAGUAGAAGGCAACCCAUUAGAUUUAAAUAUUGCUAAUUUGAUUGCUGAAAAGGGAACCAAGGAGUUAAUUUCUACGUUAAGAGAUCAAACGACAAUUACCAAAACACCAAAACCAAGACCUUGGUAUUCUUUGGAUGAUGAUGGAGAAGUAGCAGAUAGUACAGAAUCAUUCAAAAAUGAAACGGAGCCUGAUAGCUUUACUUUAUUAUCUUACAACACGUUAUGUCAACAUUAUGCUACUCCAAAAAUGUAUAAAUUCACUCCUUCUUGGGCAUUAGAAUGGGAUUAUAGAAAGAAUGCUCUCGAAAGAGAAAUCUUAGGUUAUGGUACAGAUAUUGUUUGCAUGCAAGAAGUAGAAACUCAAACAUAUAGUGAUUUCUGGCUUCCGCUCAUGACAGCAAACGGUUACAAGGGUGUAUUCUUCUGUAAAACAAGAGCUAAGACAAUGAGUGAAGCCGAUGCCAAAAAGGUUGAUGGAUGUGCCACAUUCUUCAAGGCCGACAAGUUCAAUUUGAUUCAAAAGCAAAACUUUGAAUAUAGUAGUGUCUGUAUGGGUUCUGAUAGAUAUAAGAAGACCAAAGAUAUGUUCAACAGAUUUAUGAAUAAAGAUAAUACCGCAUUGAUUUGUUUCUUGCAACAUAAACAAAGUGGAGAAAAUAUAACAAUUGUUAAUACACAUUUGCAUUGGGAUCCAGCAUUCAAUGAUGUUAAAACCUUGCAAGUUGGUAUCUUAUUAGAAGAAAUGAAAGACACACUUAAGAAGUUCCUUCGCACCACUUCUAUGGAAGAAAUUAAGAAUGCCACCUUGCUUAUUUGUGGUGAUUUCAAUUCCGUUAAGAAUAGUGCAGUUUAUGAAUUAUUUUCAACUGGUGCUUCUGUUAACCACGAAGAUAUGGCUGAUAGAGAUUAUGGUAAAUUUACGGAAGAAGGGUUUAAGAAUGUAUUUAAAUUGAAGUCUGCAUAUGAAACUUUAGGCGAAUUGCCAUUUACAAAUCUUACACCUGCCUUCACUGAUAAUAUUGAUUAUAUUUGGUAUUCUACUGCUGCCUUGCAAGUGAAGGGAUUGUUAGGAAAAGUAGAUGAAGAUUACGCAAGCCAAUGCAUUGGUUUCCCAGAUGCUAAUUUCCCAUCCGAUCAUAUUCCAAUUUUAACGAAAUUUCAAUUCAAGAAGAGUAGUACCAAGAAACCAGAUUUCAAACCAGACUUUAAGACUGGACCUUCAAGAAAAACUUAG